GAUGGGUGAUGCUGAGAGCUGCCGGCUCAGACAACAGACACGCGAGGUCAGGAAGAAGCCGCUUAUAAAUUACUGCUUCCUUCGCGCCGCUGCCAGCAUCGAGCUCCGGGCCCUAGUUGCAACCCCGCUCGCUGGCGGUAGCCGAGCCCAGACGACUGCGAGCUCGGAGACCCAGCCACGCUGCGGAGCGCGGAGCGCGGACCCCGCGGGCCAGAGAUCCAGCGGGUGGGCAGACCCCGGCGAGUGGAAGGGAGCGCAGCGCCGCGGACGCCCCAGGUCCAGAACGACAGCCCUGUCUGAGGAGCCUCCAAACAAAGCGAGGAGGAGAUGGCCACCAAGGAGAAGCUUCAGUGUCUGAAAGACUUUCACAAGGACAUCCUGAAGCCAUCCCCAGGGAAGAGCCCUGGCACACGGCCCGAGGAUGAGGCUGAGGGGAAGCCCCCACAGAGGGAGAAGUGGUCCAGCAAGAUCGACUUUUUGCUGUCUGUGGCUGGCGGCUUCGUCGGCUUGGGCAACGUCUGGCGUUUCCCAUACCUCUGCUACAAAAAUGGUGGAGGUGCCUUCCUCAUACCGUAUUUUAUUUUCCUGUUUGGGGGCGGCCUGCCUGUGUUUUUCCUGGAGGUGAUCAUAGGCCAGUACACCUCCGAAGGGGGCAUCACCUGCUGGGAGAAGAUCUGCCCCCUGUUCUCCGGCAUCGGCUACGCAUCCAUUGUGAUUGUGUCCCUCCUGAAUGUGUACUACAUCAUCAUCCUGGCCUGGGCCACAUACUACCUGUUCCAGUCCUUCCAGUCAGAGCUGCCCUGGGCGCACUGCAACCACACCUGGAACACGCCCCAUUGCAUGGAGGACACUUUGCGCAAGAACAAGACCCUGUGGAGCACUCUCAACACCAGCAACUUCACCUCCCCUGUCACCGAGUUCUGGGAGCGCAAUGUGCUGAGCUUGUCUUCUGGGAUCAACAGCCCCGGCUCGCUGAAGUGGGACCUCGCUCUCUGCCUCCUUUUCGUCUGGUUGGUCUGUUUCUUCUGCAUCUGGAAAGGCGUCAAGUCCACGGGGAAGGUUGUCUACUUCACGGCCACUUUCCCAUUUGCGAUGCUCCUGGUGCUGCUGGUUCGGGGACUGACGCUUCCCGGCGCGGGGGCAGGCAUCAAGUUCUAUCUGUACCCGGACAUCAGUCGCCUCGAGGACCCACAGGUGUGGAUCGAUGCUGGGACCCAGAUAUUCUUCUCCUACGCCAUCUGCCUGGGGGCCAUGACCUCGCUGGGGAGCUACAACAAGUACAAGUACAACUCAUACAGGGACUGUAUGCUGCUGGGAUGCCUGAACAGUGGUACCAGUUUUGUGUCUGGCUUCGCAAUUUUUUCCAUCCUGGGCUUCAUGGCACAAGAGCAAGGGGUGGACAUUGCUGAUGUGGCUGAGUCAGGUCCCGGCCUGGCCUUCAUUGCCUACCCAAAAGCUGUGACAAUGAUGCCACUGCCCACGUUUUGGUCCAUUCUGUUUUUUAUUAUGCUUCUCUUGCUUGGACUGGAUAGCCAGUUUGUUGAAGUCGAAGGACAGAUCACGUCCUUGGUUGACCUCUACCCAUCCUUCCUAAGGAAGGGUUUCCGUCGGGAAAUCUUCAUCGCCUUGAUAUGUAGCAUUAGCUACCUGCUGGGGCUGACGAUGGUGACGGAGGGUGGCAUGUAUGUGUUUCAACUCUUUGACUACUAUGCAGCUAGCGGUGUAUGCCUUUUGUGGGUUGCAUUCUUUGAAUGUUUUGUUGUUGCCUGGAUAUAUGGCAGCGAUAACUUGUAUGAUGGUAUUGAGGACAUGAUCGGCUAUCGGCCCGGGCCGUGGAUGAAGUACAGCUGGGCCGUGGUCACUCCAGUUCUCUGUAUUGGAUGUUUCAUCUUUUCUCUCGUCAAGUAUGUGCCCCUGACCUACAACAAAGUGUAUGUGUACCCGACCUGGGCCAUCGGGCUGGGCUGGAGCCUGGCUCUGUCCUCCAUGGUGUGCGUCCCCUUAGUUGUGGUCAUCCGCCUCUGCCAGACGGAAGGACCGUUCCUCGUGAGACUCAAGUACCUGCUGACGCCGAGGGAACCCAAUCACUGGGCCGUGGAGCGAGAGGGGGCCACGCCCUACAGCUCCCGCUCGACAAUGAACGGCGCGCUGAUGAAGCCGACGCACAUCGUGGUGGAGACCAUGAUGUGAGCGCCCCCGGGCGGCGGGCCGCUUUCCUGCUGUUUACUAACAUUAGAUUCUCAUAGGACCAGGUUUACAGAGCUUUAUAUUUGCACUAGGAUUUUUUUAAUUGUCACAGAAAAUAUUACUGUGUGUGUGUGCACACGCGUGUGUGGUGUCGUGUGUAUGUGUAUUUUGUUUUGAUUUGGGGCUAUUUUGUACAAAAAAAAAAAGCCCCAUGGGCAGAAGUCCGGGGCAAGGCAGAGCUUUCAUACUGAAUUAGAUGUAUUUUAUGGGAACUGGUAAAUUUUUCUUUGUAUUUUUUUUUACAUAUAAUUAUAUAUACACUUAGAGAUUGUCAUACACUUUUACCACUUGAAUUGAUCUUCUUGCCAGCAAUAGAUCUCAUUUUCAAAAGCAAUUCUUCGGUGCUUAUGUAGCUGGCAGAAAGUUCUGCCCCAAAAAAUGCAGGGCAGAAUUUUCCUGGGACAGCAGACCCAUUUUAAAGGUGUAGUACCUCCCCAGCCUGGUUCAAGCAGAAGCAGCCAGCAGGGAGCGGGCCUCACCCGUGGGGGCUGGAGAAAGGGGGCUGCAAGGAGGCGCCUCUGCACUUGCGGUAGCCAGGAAGGGAGGCACCGAACUAACGGGCCCACCCCUCAAACAAAGGCACUAACUUAACCCUGACAGGUGAGGCCCCGCAGCGAAGAUCUGGUUCUAAGUGGUAGAAACCAUUGCACCAGGAACAAAACCCCAGCUUUUAUUGAGAGGUCCAUGGUGGAUAGUCGGAGGGACUGUCAGAACCAGCCAUCCACGCUGGGUGGUGAGGCUGGGGCUCGGCGUUCAGGAGAACACUCACUGGGCUGACCGCUGGGCCAGCAUCCUUCCCGCGGCAGCCCAGGUGGAGACCGAGGCUGGCCCGGCCGGAGCCCACAGGCUCAGGGCCCAACCCCACAGGCUGGAUCUGUCACAUCUCAGUGGGGUGCUGUCAGGUUCCGGUCACUCCCCUUCCCCUGAAGCUGCCUGUAGGAGGGAAGCAGCGUGUAUCUGGUGAGGGACAAGGGGUGAGCGAGUGGACCAAAGGAUGUGGGCCCUGGGGCUCAGCCCGGUGUUGGGGAGGGGUGCUUUUCUCCCCCUCAUCUCUCCACCCUCAUCUCCCAGAGGCUGGGAAACUCCCACAAGCUCUUGUCGAAGAUCCCAGCCCAGGGUCGGGAGGGCUCCACGCAGGGAGCAUUAGGAGUGUCUGUGGAGGUUCACUGGACAUUUGAGCCCAGUGAAGUGCUCCCCUCACCCCCCUCCCAGCUUAGUCACAAGCCCAACUCUCUGUAGACCCUGGGAGACAGGAGAAGUCUGCAUUUCACAGCCCCUGUGAGAGUUGGUAUCAGACACGCACCGUGUGGGGACCGAGGGGAGGCAGUGAGGGAGUGUGUUUUUAGGAAGCUGGGGUUCAUGGGGCUGGCACCCUGGAACUGGCUCAGCCAAGUGCAGUGUCCUUUCUGAGCCAGAAGCGAAGGUACUCUACCGUUAACAUCCCGAGUGGACACACCUCCACCCUGGCCCUAUUUGGACCUAAACUGUGCCAUUUAAAGUCACUUCCAAGUUCAAACUCUAAACCGAAACGUCACAAAGGGCAGUGACUGCCUGCAGGGCAGGUGGGUGGAGAGUGAAGUCCACCUCAGGCUUUCAGAGCAGGGACUCUGAAACCUGGAAUCCCCCUCCCCAAAUCCGGGAGAGGGGGGAACCUUUGGGGUCCUCCUCCCAAGGGGCAGAGGCAACUCUGAACCUUCGGAACGUCUUGUCUUUGGUAAACUUUCACAUUUCUCUCUUUCCAAAGCGUACACUCUGCCAAACAACGCCUAUUCCAAACCGUUCACAGUUCUAACGUGUUCCUGUUUUUCUAUGUAUUUAUGGUUGCCACUGUGUCUGAUUGGAUUUCAUUGUUUGUUUUCCUCCCUAAUUUUACCGAGUAGCAAUGUGACCCCUUCCCCUCUAUCCUACGGAAUUGUAUGCAGUUCACUAACCACUGUCAGUGACUGGGGACAGGUGACAUGCGGGAGCGGGGUGGGGGUCGGCAGGCUCUGGCUGCCUGGGCAUCUGGGGUCAUUUCAGGCUACAUACAUCUCCCCUCUGGGGCUCAGAUCCCCAGGGAAAGGUCACAAGGUGGCAGGCAAAUCGCAACAUUCUGGAAGUGACCCGAGGAAGGCCUCUUAUAAGAUUCCCAGACCAAAUUCUAGACCAAAGACACGCGCAGACCAAGUCCCCAGGUCCCACCUGGUUGGAAGGUCAGCCACUGUCCCCAAGCCCAUUCCUCGCCAGUCUCCCAGGUCCCUGUCUCCAACUGUAACCCUCGUGUCUACUCCCCUGGCUCUGGUGUAUCCGCAGAACUUGGCUCUGUGAGUACAAUGUGUCUCUAUGUCUCCACAUAAAGAAAACUGUCAUUGGCGCCAGUGACUCUGGUCCGCCUGUCUUGGAGAAGGGGCUGUCCUCUGCCCACUCUCUGCCUGGAUGGGUCAGAAAUUCCGAUGCCCACGCAGAGUCCAGCCAGCCAGACCUGGAAGGGACGUGAGGGAGGGUCUUUAGAGAAUGUGAUCAGGAUGCAGGAACGGGGCAGGGCCCCCGGACAAAUCUCACCAGGCAGAGGCUGCAUGAGCAGGGCCCGGGCCCCGCAAGUCCCUGCAGUGGAUUUGCAUGGUCAGUGAUGGAGAGGCUUCCAGCCCUGUCCCCCAACUUAGCGCCCUCAUAAAAUGGGGAGAUUGAGGCCCGGAGCCGGGGAGGGUCUUUGGCACAGCAAGCGGGAGUGGAACCAGACUGUGCGGUCAGCUCCGGCCGCAUGUCCUCUGACGUGUGUGUGGCUCCCCGGUGAAUGCAGCUCCCCGGUGUUCUCCCCAAAGACCAAGGGGGAACCUUUAGGAAAAAAGAAACGCUCUGUCCCCAACAUUGGGGGACGAGGUGAGCAGCACCUGCCACCCCUUGACCAUUCGUGGGCCCGCUGGUCCCCGAGCUGUGACUCAGGCCUCCGAAAGGAAAGGCAGCCCCUGUUCACCUCCACCGUGGCCCUGCACCCAGCAGUCCUUUGUGAGCUAGGCAUUGAGGUUCCCAUUGCACACGAGGAAACUGAGGCCCAAAGAAGCCAUUCAGUGUCCAAAAGGCCCAAAGAAGCCAUUCAGUGUCCAAAAGGCAGAACCCUUUGGCAGGAUUCAGCCUGAGGCCACAUAAGACAGUGGGGGGUGGCCUUAGAUUCUGAUUUCCCAGUGGUACCAGCUCUCUCUCUGUACCCCUGGCCCCUUGCUCUCCCCCAGGCCCCCGGCAGACAGUGGUGAAGCACAAGGGGAAAGCCAGCCCCCCCUCAGCCCAGCACGGGGCAUUCUUGUAUCACCAGGUCCCACCACACAGUGGCCAGUGGCCCAGCCAACAUCUCAACACUGCUGCCCCUCUGGGUGGGGAAUGCUCUGGGCAGCCAGUCCUGAAGGCAGGUGCCUCCCCCCCCACCCCCACAUACCUCAGACACAGGCCAGGAAAGGACUCAGAGAAAGUCCUAUAGGCGGCUUAAGGGCCCACCCAGCCCUCAGACCCAAAGUCAGGCAACUCCAAGCUGGGCCAUCCACAUGGUUGCUGCAAACACCACUGCAAAAAUGCAACAAGCACAAAGCCACAAAACAACCCAGAGGUCAAAACUGGAGAGGAACUCGGGGCCCUCCCUCUGCGAAUGCAGCCGGUUCUGGUGAGAAGCUGUUGUAUUGUUCUCCUGUGGGUGUCGCCACAGACCCCCUCUGACAAGGUCCCCGGGGUGGAGCAUCUUGUGACACACUUGGCUUCAAACUGAGAUGUUAGCGCCGUGGGGUUUUUAUCCAAUUAAUUUUCAAAUCCUUAUCAACUGUGACUCUGAAUUUAGCACAAGAGAAAGCCGAGAACGUGAGUCUUGCCUCCUUCCGGAAAUAUGUCUGGCUCAUCAGGACAUUUUUUUUUAAACUUCAAAAUAUUUUUAAGAUAUUUUGAACUUUUGUAAAAAAACAAAAUAACUAACAAGAGACUCAUCUGAGGAGGAGCAUUUGUAUUUGAAUAAGAUCUCCUUGGUGUGUAAUUCAGUCUUGCAAUAUAUAAGCUUUUGUGUUAAAUGUUUCUGAUAUGAAUCCCUGUAUUUUGCAGGGUUUUUCCUUUCCUUUUUUUUUGCUUUGUAGAUAAAUAUGUAUAUCAAUAUUUUAAAUUCAUCUUUGCUUUUUUUUAGAGGAGUUUGUAAUCACCUUAUAACAUGAAAAUAAACAUUUCCUUUUUAAAUCCAA